GUCCCGUAGAGACAGAGCGCGAGAACGUUGAGCCGAUUGUAGUGGUUGGGUCUGCCUCGUCUUCAUUGCGACCCACCCCACGUAGGCAAAGUGUGGGUCAAUACCUCUUCAGACUGCCAGACUUGGAGCUGCCUGGCUGUGCGCCGACACACGGGCUCGCGUCGCGGGACGGAAAGGUGUUGUCGGGAAGGCACAGUGCGACUGAGAGGCAACGCUUGUCGGGGUCCGAAAUUGGGAUAGACUAACGCUCGCCAUGAAUUCAUUUUUCAAACGGCCUGUAAGUUUCGGCGUCUUCUUUUUCUUCAUCGUUGUCGUCGCCGUGGAGAACGGGCGCGCGCUGGCUGGCGAAGUCGACGGAGAUGCUGGCGGGAAGAGCGCGCCGAGACAGGCACGGAACGCCGUCCCCCCGUCCGGCUUGCCGCCGACGCGCUUCACCCCAGACGAGAUCCACCAGGUAGUAGCCGUACACAACAACCUCCGCAGCAGUGUCACGCCUGGUGCUGCCAACAUGCAGUACAUGAAGUGGCAUGACGAGCUGGCGGCCAUGUCGCAGGCCUGGGCGGACAAGUGCGAGUUUGAGCACGGGCAGGUGGACGUGGAGUCUCCGCCGUACGGGCAGAUCGGACAGAACCUGUGGAAGGGCUCCCCCAGGAUGUCGCGCAGCCCGCAGCCCAUCCAGGACUGGUACGGGGAGGUGGUGGACUACCACUUCGACACGCUGCAUUGUAACGAGGGGCGGGAGUGCGGACACUAUACACAGGUUGUGUGGGCUGAGACGAACCGAGUUGGCUGUGGCGUGAUGGAAUGUGACGGCUUCACUAUCAUCGUCUGCAACUACGGACCCAUCGGGAAUCACCAAGGCGUCCCCCCGUACAAAGUGGGGACAGCCUGUACGAAGUGCGCCAGCGGUGCGGGGUGGUGCGACCACGGGCUGUGCGUGGAUUGCCAAGACGGAGAUUGUGAGUGCCCGCUGGUGUGUCAGAACUGCGGUGAGCUAGACACGGACACAUGCACCUGUAGCUGCAAGGACGGCUGGGACGGACUGGACUGCGCAGAUCUGUGUAACAACACGUAUGCAGGCUGCUAUGAGAACCCGGGCUACCCGCAGGCCGCCUGCAGUAGGUUAUCCAUGCUGCAGACCGGCUGCAGGGAGAUGUGUGGGUACUGUGCGUUUGCGUCUGAAGACAGCGGGAAUACUUGCUGCGGCGGGAAGAUCUGUCACAACGGCGGAGUGUUGGACACGGUGAACGACUGCACCUGCACGUGUAUGAACGGGUUCCACGGGGAAAACUGCCAACAUGAGGACGUUGUUGAGGAGAGUAUGUCAGAGACGACCGGACCGAGAAGUACGGCAGUGCCCAUGGGUACCAGUCUGGUGCUGUUUGUCCUCAUAUCAUUGAUGAAGAUAGUCGCAUUGUGAUUUCCAGGCACCUGUAUGUUGUCAACGAUUGACGAUAAGUACUAGAGGGUGUCAAUGUACCUGUACAAAGCUUCUCUGGUACGGCUGAUUGCAGCCUCACACUAUGUCGCUAGACUGCGCUGAUGCACAGUACUUGUGUAGUGAAUGACAUAUCUACGAGACGAACGUUUAUUCAGCAUGGUUAUAGAGACUGGAUUGGAAAAGUAGCACAUGUAUCUUUCCGACAUAGCACUUCUGUGACUUGUGGGAAGACGAUAGAUCUAUUUGACAAGGUGUAUGGUGACUUGAAGGGUCAUACCCUCAUGAUGGUUAUUAGAGAGGCUAUAGAGAGGCCCUACAUCUGGGCUGUAAAAUUCCGUUCUGUCUUUUUAUUUGUACAAAUAACACUGACAAAUGUUGUGGUCGUGUUGAAAUGACCAGCGGUAUAGUCUUUUUUCUUGAUUGAAACAAGUGAGGUACACACAAAUCUUGCAAUGUCCUUUGUGUGUAGUUUUCAAACUUGCGCUCCAUAAUGUUAAUUGGGCCGUGUUGAUUUGCUGGCAUGGCUGACAUCCUCUAAGAACAAAAACACUGAAACGAGCGAUCGCGCAAAAGAAAGUUUGGCGAAAAACGUUGCAUUUAAUAAAAUUGAUAAACUUGGUCUGGAGGGUUGGUUAAACAAAUGACUAAGCACAUAGAGUAUGAUGUACCAAACAACAGAUUCUUCCCUUUUGUUUUUUCUUCACAAUUUCAUCUUUUGUUUUGAAUUCACUCUGGCAUUCUACGAUAUCAGUGUUCGUCUUCAUGUCACUGCGAUAUCACUUUUCGUUUGCAUAUUACGGUAAAACUUUUUGGGGGGAAACGGACGAAAAUUGAUGCGAGCUGGAUGUCACUCAUGCUAUAGAAUCAAUAUGGCCUUACGUGUUGUUGUUUUGCACUACCUGUAGUGCCAGUGAUUAUCGCUUGAGGCAUUGCAAAAUCACAUACUAUAGAAACGUGUCCUGUUGCAGGUUUUAUG